AUGAAUGGGGCAUUGUGUCUCCAGCUGAAGAGGUGAUGGACGUCGCCAAACCGAAGUUUUUCGUCAACUAAAUAAGCUACGAGAAGAUCCGACCAAAGUUAUCUACACCCUGUACCUCCAUACCAGAAGAACAACUGGCCCCCUCUUCCCAUCCUUACGAUGCCACUAAUCUCGUUGUGUAUCCAAUAAUCAAACUAGUGUUGUACUUUGUGAGGAGAAAAAAGCGCUCACGCAAUGACUGGUCUCAAGUUUAGCGUUGGGAACGUUACUGAAUUUUACUCAAACUGUUGCUGUUGAGCUGGACGCUGUGCCAUGUACGAUAGCUAUACGGUGGGCAUUUCGGAAAUUCAAAUAAUUUGUUGCCCCGUUCACUUCCUAUUCGCUAUUGCAUUGCCCACAAUUGCCUUGUAAAUGACCUGUAAAAUGGAAAAAUCGAUCACCAACUCAGCAUUGGAAACAACACAUUAUUUCUGGCAGCGAAGUUUUUCUCUCAAGAAUGGAGGGAAUAAAUCUUCUUCAGCCCACAGAAGAUCCUGGACCUCUUCAGCCUCCUCUUCCGGCCUCGCCUCGUUUACGUGGCUCAACGCCUGUCUCUCUGUCUUCAUUUUGCAGCUCCUAGUUUCAACUGGCCUCAGUCAAGAUUUUGACGGGUGUGAGCUGCCGUCAGAAUGGCAAGGCGAAUGGUUCCAGUCAGACAGAGCCCAUCUCGGCCCAGUGAUCAUAUCGCGGCACAACUUCUCCAACAUCGGCCGCUGCAUUGAGAAAGGCCACAACAACAGAUACCUCGUACAGGAAGAGUCCUACUCUAAUGACGAGAAAUACUCGUGCUACAAGUGCAUGGUGAUCAACAUGAAGCAUCGAAAUGUCAUCCAAUACAAGGAAUCGUACUGUGAUCCACAAAACCAAGACCUGCAGUCGCUGUGUCACGGCAUCACCGGCGACGCGAUGCUCUUCUCCAUGUUCCGCCUGUCGGCCUCCCCCGUCUCCUGUCCCUUCAGGGGGCCGCUCACCUUCACCUACUCGCGCAACCUGCAGGAGUGCGCCUACCCCGUGUCCCAGGUUGACUCGUGCGCAGACGACUCUCGCCUGCUGCUUCGCUUCCAGGCCUGCGCUGAUGUCCCGGGGUCUGAGAGCUUCGAAAGAGAGCUCGUUUGCUUGGGCUCAUGGAAAGAAGGCGUCAACCAUUAUUUGGUGGGCAAAAUUAACCACACCCACGCGAACUCCGACAACGACCGCUAUCGCUGCUUCAUCUACGAGCGCGCCCCGCAUCCUGACAUCCCCGACGCGACGAUGAUGUACCUCGCACAGUCUGCUGACGCGACGUGUCAGGGACUCAUCUCCGCCUAUGAGGGCGGCGAGACCAUGAAACUGACGAGGGCCAACCAAGGGAGCAAGAAAUGCAAGUUUCCCUCGUGGUUGACCGCUCACCCUCACUGGCACACGCUAGACUUCGGUCAGAGUUACUUUGUUCUGCACCACAACACGUCGCUUAGGAUCAGCAACGGCACGGCCGCUCCUUCAGACCCCGAGGUACGAAGUCAUACAGACCUGCGACUUGUAUGUCACGAGUACCAAGACGAGCACCGCAACCGCGACGUCCAUCGCCGUGAGCAUCUGACCAACCGCCUCGAGAACACCGACGGCAAGACGGCUCCUGAGACCCGAAGUAUUUCCGGGGACUGGGGCCCGGUUACAGAGAGUGGGGGGCAGUGGUCCCCUUAUGAGGGUAAUUCGGUCUCAACCGACGGGGAAGGUCCAACUACUGAAGAUCAACCAGAGGCCAGGGAAGCUGAAGCUCUUCACCAUAAGAAGAGCGGGCGACGCAAUAAACGAAGCGCUACUCUUGUUGUCCACGUCACAGUGGGAUGCCGAUCUGGCUACUGGUGCAUGAGGCUGCACCGGCGCGUGGAUCACGUGGUGCAGGUGGAGACGGGGGAGCUAGCGUACAGGGCGGAGGAAGCCUGCACCCAUCACUACUGGAACCCUGGCUCAACAAGUCUAACAACUCUCGUGGCCCGCGGAGACCAAAGUAUAUCGUGUGGGCCCGUGGGACGUUACGUAGUCUCGCAAGACCCGACCCGUCAGGGUUACGGGUCUUACCCGUACGGGCACGACCGCGACUGCACCGCGAACAACAUGCCUGAGUACUCCCGCCUCAACGUCGGCUGCACUGCGGAUGAUACGCUCGAGCUGGAGACCAGCUGCCCCAUCAAUGAUGUCACACGCUACCAAUGUCACGGGCGUUGGGACAGUGACGGGGUGACGUACGUGGUAGCGUCGCCCUCGUCUCGUCCGUCCGGUGCCCCGCGGCGAGUGUGUUUCGCCUACAGCGUCCUGGGCCGCGACCCCAGCGAGGGGGCGACAGGGGGGCGGCCCCCACCCCGGGCCACGCUCACCGCCAGACACGACACCUGCAGCCCUGAUACCAGCAACGCACAUAUUACCCUCAAUGCCACCCUCACCGGCCCGUGCAGAGAAGCAUCGAGCAUCGCGUCUGCGGGCAAAAGUGCCCUCUCCCCCAUGACCGGAAACUUCGCUUGGAUCUACAGCAUUGCCAUGCUGCUCAUGCUGCACAUGUACUCUACGACGUGCUGUACGUGUGAUAUUAGCACUCAAAGUCAGCUCAAUAAUUACUCGCGUAAUUCACCUACGGUUGGGUACGCAAGAACAUGCAUUACGCUCAUUCCAAAACAUGAAAUAUUCCCAACGCAAUCGUCCACGCAAGGCAGAACAAUGCAACGAGCAAGUUAGGACAGGUGCUCAUUGGCAACAAUAAAUUGUCAUAUAUAAGUUAUCAUAAAUUGUCAACAAGGAUAAAUUGUGAUAAAUAAACUUGUUCAUCUUAGUUGUUUAAAGUGGUCUAGUUUCCUCAAUAUUAUUGCUGUAAAGUUGUCCUCCGUGGAAAUUAAUUCUGUGUUCUAGAAAAAUUAUUAAUAAUAGAGGUUUUGCAUAUAUUUUUGUACUUUAAAGUGUUUUGAGAAAUGUGGAUGCAGAAAAAUUGGUUUCGUAUAGAAAUUUCAGGAAUCGAUUUAUCGUAGUCCAGUGUCUCACAAGUCCCAAAGCCAGAAUUUUUAUUAACAUAUGCAUAGCCAUGUCGUUUGGUCAUACGUGAUGCCAUAUGUAAAAACAUGUUAUUUUUAUGGUGUUCUCAGUCUCUUCGUGAACUCUCGCAGCCUAGAAGUUCUGUUCACUCGUUCACUCUGAAGGCAAUGGACAAAUAAUGUAAAACCCUUUCGAUGAAUCAAAACCAAAAGUUCACCACCACUUUAUUUUCAUUAAGGUUCAUUCAUGUGAACUGUACAUUUUCCAAACAAACUUCGCUCGAAAUUUUGUUUUUGUCGGAAAAUUGAUCAAUAUCAAUGAAAAUUCUUACCCUGAGGCAUGACGUUAACGCGGAUACGUUAAGUGCUUUCUAUAUUGUAUUCUUCUCCAUACUCAUAUUUGCUGAAACUAUAACGUCUUUUACAAAACUAACUUAUAAUUUCAAUUUAUUUAUUUCUCAAGUUGUUCAUCCUCACCAUUAUAGAUAUCCGCUAUUCAAAAACUAGUGCCAUGUUUUGUUUCGUAUUCUAGGUUAUAAGCGAGAAGAUGUUUUUCACAACAUGCUAAUUUUACUCAAUACGAUCAAUAUUAUGACGGAUUAGGAAUUUCGUAAAUCAAAUUAUUAUGUUAUACGUUUAUAAUCAACAGCGAAAUAGAGAUAAAUUUCAUAUUAGAUUAAAAAUUUCCAGUAACCAGGCCUUGCUCGCUACAAAAAACUCCAACAAUGAAUCGAAAUUUGUCACCUAAAAAAUUGCAAUGCUAGAAGUACGUCAUUGGCUCAAGCGUACGGUGAUUUGGCGGUCUCUUGUUGUCGCUCUUUAUGUGUAAAGUGUAAAUAGUUACUUUAUAAUAUGGAUGUUUCUUGGCUCCUUUUACAAAGGAGCGAGAAUAACAGUGUUGUGAUAUUUGUCUUAGUUUGUUGUAAUUAAGAGGCGGUUCCUCGUUGAUCGAAAGAUUAGAAAUCUCAACUCGCUUUGAUACUGCAGAUUAGGACGGCAGAUAGACGCCACGUUCUGUACCAUAAUUGAUGUUGCGUUCAUAUAAGGAAUGUUACGGUUCUAAUAUUGCUCAAGUUGUACGUGUAUAUAUUUUGCCGCGCAUGUGCUGCGUUGUUAAUUAACAUUUUAUUGGCAAUGUAAAUUCUUUCAAUGAUUUAUCUUGUAAUUUUAUGUCUGAAAUAAUUUAUAUACAGCUAUGUAUCACAAGUUUUUCUUUUCAAUGUAACUGAAGGGAAACAAUGGGGUAUAUGAAUUUGUUGUUAGAUUCACGUACAUUUUAGCAACCCGAAAAUUCGACAAAAAAUAUAAUUUUAAAACUGCAGGCCUGCUAUGGUAGAAGUCUUCAGCUUAAUUUUCUAAAACUGAAAAUUUAUUAGUGCAUACAUAUUUUUUGGGGGUUACGAUAAACAUACGAUUCCCAGCAACGAAUUAUAUUUUGUCAAAUUAAGAAUUUAAAACUGAAUGCAUAAUAAUCUAUGCAGACUGAUAAUUUCGAACGUUUCAUUCGUUGCUUACAAAUUUUAUCUUGCCUGAUUUCUAAAUGGACGGCAGUUUCGGAAGGCUCUUGUAUUUGAGUAUAAUUAUCCAGCAGUUACAAGACGAUGCGUUCCUCACCAACGCCAAUGACGAUGAAGCUUUUUGUCAGUCUAUCUCAUAUAAACAUUUACUUUGUAUAUCUUUUUGGUUGAACGUUCCGAAAUUACAUAAUUUAAUUGGUUUCCGUCUCGACAUGGGAUGCCGAGACGGAAUCCCAUGUCCCCAUCCUCCUAAUUUUUUUCCUUUUUCGAUGUAGUCUCCCACAUUUUUAAUACGUCUACUAAAACUUUGUUCGCACCGAUUUUCCCAAAAUAAGAUACAAUUCACCCCAAUUUCUGGGAUUUAUUGCAGCUAAUUGUUAGUAGCAACAUAGGUCAUUUUCAAAAAUAGAUUUAUUAAGUAGCCUCAGUGUUCGAUGCUGUAUAACUAAUAAAUGUACAUUGUUUUACUCAUAGGUAAUGUACUUGUACAUACGAGGCACCGUAACACCAUAAUAUGUUUGCUUAACGUACUACCCUCUAAAUCUACUCAUAGCGGAGUAGAUGUGCCAUGGCAUGAACAAAGAACAUGUAACUGUAACAGACCUAAUGUUAAUAACUACAAUCAGUCAGUUUCUUAAUUAUUACAAAUAAAAUAAUUGCAAUCAAAAUUAAGAGUUAAGUAAAGGGACUGAAGCCAUCUUUGCUGAUCCGGUGUGCUAAGUGUGUUGAGUUUUACAAUUCCCGUGGAACUCGGGUAAUUUAAUUUUCUAAUAUUGAAUCCUUGUUCGGAAUUUCUUCAAAAUUAUACAUGAAAGUCAAUAAUAUUAUAAUAAACUUUUGAAAUAACAGUUUGAAUUCGUGUUCACAUCUAUUCGCUUUAUUGAGAACGUCUGUGAUCUCAUACUUUCCUGGGAGCGAGAAAUUUUUUCUCACAUUAUGGAUCUUCAGUAGGAAGUUAUUUAAUACAAAAAUAAUGAAGAAAAACAUAAUGACCAUUCUUGAAAUGAUCAAGUCAACUUUGGACGUAACUUUUCGUUUCCAUUGUCCGUCCUAUCGAGUGUAAUUUUUGUGAAAUGAUCUAAAGUUAGAACUACACGUCCUCACCGAGCCAUCUGUAACCUUUAUAUCGAACCCAUCCUACGAAAUAUACCCUCUGCCCCAGCUCGUCACUCCCCUCUUUUGACCUUAAAUAUCACAUGGAACAGCCAUUUGCAACCCUUAUUAAAAUGGCAACUGCGAACUGCAAUUUUGGUCUCUUUUCGUUGUCGUUUGUUUUGCCAUGCGCAGUUAAACAGCAAAAUACUUUACAAAUCGUUUUGAAGAAUUUAAAUUCCGCAUAUUUCUUCUCCCAUUUCUAUUGUCUAUCUUUUAUGCUACGUCGGAAUUCGGGAUCUCCGCUUGUUUAUUGCAAUUAUAUAUGCGUAUAUAUAAUUACGCUACUAUAUAUACGUGAUAUCAAAGAAAAAAUAAUUUACUCACUGUAAUAUUAACAUAGUAGAUUAUUAAUGCAAGUACACAGAAAAUAAACUCAUAAGUGGGAUCAUUAUAUAUGAUUUAUGGAUCUAACGUUUUAUUAUUCAGCAAAUAAGCGAAUUAUGAAUACCUGCAUUUCAUAUACGCAUGAAUCGCUACCACAAUUUCCCUCUGCAAGUUUAUUUUUUCAGCCGAAAUCGCAACGACAGAUUCAAUGAUAUCUUUCAAAUUCUGUACCUACUGAGUUUUUGCCAGCCCAAUGUCUGUGUUAUCAGGAAUAUCAUGUAUCUACAUGAUCUUUCGUGUAAACAUUUUCGGUGCCUCGUAUAUGAUUUCACUAAGAAUAUAGCACAUCUUUCAAUAAAAAUUUAGUCGGUUAUCACAUAAAUAGUAAUCUUCACAUCGAUGAUCAUAGUAUGUAACAUGUGAAUAAUAAUUAUAAUAAUAACACUAUUUUCGCUAGAUGGUUCUGCAUCACGUGUAUAUUUGUGUACCAUUUACCCCCAUCAGUAUCGAAAACGAUACUUAAAUAACGUUUAUCGUUAUAAAUCGACGUUAAUGAAUAAAAUAACGUUUAUCGCAUACAACGACCGAUCGUGAAGUUAAGCGUUAGUCUGCAGGGAUAAGCUGAAACUGAUCUCUUACUUUACCGUUCAUUCUUUAUCUAGUUUCUUGCUUCGAUCAUUCGGAAUUUUUAUAUAACGGAAAAUCAAGAUUUUUCUUACAAAAAUUUAACCACAUCACUUUUACUAGAAUGACUUUUAGCUUUUUAAAUUUGGUAUUUUGUAUUGAUAACUUGUUUACUUAUUUUAGAUGUAUACAAGUUGCUUGGUUUGGCUUUCGCUUGAUGAAAAAUAUUCAGGACAUUAAAUUUAACAUGUUAGAGAGUUCAGCGUGAGUUAGAGUUCAGCUUCAGCGUCCCAGCGCCCGCCCUGCAGGCUCUAUGGUUCAUACGUUUACCGCGAUCAAGCUCCUCAUGUCGAACGCGUAAGCGAUUUUAUGAAGCGAAAUACGCCGAUGAAAAAAAGUUUCAUGAUAAUGAGCGAUAUUUUUUGUUACAAAAGUCGACAGUAAUUACAUAAAUGUUUUUUUUCGUCAUAAUGUUCGUAAGGAACGCUGUUGUCUGGCCUUUUAUACAAGGAUACUCUAACCUCGUCAAUUUUAAAGUCCUAGUAACGACAACAAACAUACGUCAGUAGUAAAGUAAAAAUUGAUCCAUGAUUUCAUCAGAAUAUUUUUUCGCUGUAAUUUGUCCGUCAUGAUCGCUUACUGCCAAUAAAUAAUGAAACUGAAAUUGGCGAAUAUGUAUGGACUCUUUCCUAACGGUAACGUGUGAAAAUCGUAAAUUUAUAAUGUUAUUAUUUCUAUGGAAUUUGAGCGCGAUCCUCGUGUGAACCCAGCCUGCUGACGGUGACUGCGCGACUCCAUUGCUGUAAAAAUAUAUUUAAAUGACGCAUUUUACUUGUGAUGUGUAAAAGACACCUAUUUCUAUCUAGCAUAGUUAAAAUAAAUCUAUAUAGUACAUCUAUAUUGCUGGUGGCUUCUUGGAAUAAAUAAUUAAUUAUUA